UUAAAUAGUUAUUAUGUUGGUGAAAAAAAAAAUUCUUAUUAUCAAAAAUUAUAAAAAUUUGAGUCACCCUGCAGAAGCGCAAUGCAAAAAAAAGAACUCACAUUCUUAUUCAGCGAAUGACUUUUGGAUACCAACAAAAUUGCACUAAUCAUCGAAUUGUCAACAUUUCUGCACACCAAAGAUACACAAUUCUGUUGGUGUAUUUUCAGUUAUUACUAGAAGUCGUGGCAAUAAAGAACUAAAACAAUCAUUAUGGAUGGUUCUUUGAUAGAUUUUUUUAAUGAUCGUGAAAUUUUUAUUACUGGAGGAUCAGGUUUUCUUGGAAAAGGAUUGAUAGAAAAAAUACUACGUUCGUUCAAUGUGAGUAAGAUAUAUGUGCUGUUGCGGCCAAAAAAAGGUGUUGAUCCAAAUAAACGUUUAGAAGAACUUAAAAAAGAUCAGAUUUUCAAUGUGUUGCGUAGAGAAAAACCUAAAGAAUUAGACAAACUUAUCACAAUACCGGGCGAUGUGUCACAGCUGAACUUGGAUAUACCACUUUCUUCAAUUAAACUUUUACAAAAUGUAUCCAUAGUUUUACACUCGGCUGCAACAAUACGAUUUGAUGAACCUUUAAAAACCGCAAUACUCAUCAAUGUACGUGGUACACGAGAAGUCCUUCGAAUUGCCGCAAAGCUGCCUAAAUUGCAAAUGUUCUUACACAUUUCUACUCUAUUCAGCAAUUGUAAUUUAAAGUUUAUAGACGAAAAGAUAUAUCCGGCUCCAAUGGAUUGGAGGAAUUGUAUUCGAAUUGCUGAACAAGUGAAUGAUGAUGAUAUGCGUGUGUUUGAAAAUAAAUUAACAAAAGGAUACCCCAAUACAUAUACAUUUACAAAAUCCCUAUCAGAACAUGUUGUCAAUGAUUUUCAUCAAACCAUCCCGAUUGUUAUAAUUCGACCCUCGAUUGUCCUGUGUUCCCUUUUUGAUCCGUUUCCGGGCUACACAGAUAACGUUUCUGGAUCAACUUCAGUUGCUGUUGCUGGAGGAACGGGACUUUUAAGGACAUUUCUAUGUGACCCAGACAUGAUUCCAAACCAAGUUUCAUUAGAUGUUGUAGUUAGAAUUGCAAUUCUUUCAAUCUGGAAAGCUGCCAAUGACAAAAUUCAAAAAAAUCCUUUCAUUUGUAAUAUUACGGGAGAGUUAUACCCUAGAUACAGCAUUAGAAGGCAGCUUGAGAUAAUGAAAACAAUUUGGAAAGAAAUACCAUACAACAAAAUGUUUUGGAAACCUGCUGUUUUUGCGACAAGAAAUAAGAUGAUUUACCACAUUCGAUUUUUUUUAUUUCAACUAUUCCCAGCAAUAAGUGUUGAUACAAUCUUAAUGCUCAUAGGAAGAAAACCAAUCUUAGUUAAAUACCAAAGAAUAAUUUGUGGAGCAAUGAAGGGAUUUCAAUUCUUUUUAUCAAGUCCAAUUGUUUCGGGUUUUUCAAAUAUGAAAAUGUUGUCAGUCGAGUCACAAAAAUUCCCUGGAUUUGAAGCAAAGAAUUCAUUUAUACUCGAUGCAUUGGAAUAUGGGGAAAUUGUAGCAACAAGUUGUCGACGGUUUAUAUUUAAGGAAAAAGAUUCUGAUCUACCAAAAGCAAAGACACUUUACAAAUGGUUUUGGCUAGCUGAUGUUAUUUUUAAAUUAUUUUUACUUUUUAUAUUUUUUACUGUAGUUUAUAGUUGUUUAGAUUGGUUAACUUAAAAGUAAAUGGAAAAAAUUGAAGUUUUAUAGUUUAGUAUAUUUGACGUGAAUUCACUUUAAAUUUAUAAUUAGAAAAAAGAUUUAUUUGAAAAACAAUAAAAUUUUCGAUAUUCAUUGAAUCGAAACGGAUCGAAUAAUUUUGGUACAAGAAUGAAGAUAAUAAUAAUCUUUUUUUUUCGAAAUCACUUUACUAUUGAAUGAUUUGUUAUAUUAAACUGAACUUAUUU